AAAAGCAAUCAAUAAAACGAAGGAUCACUGCAGUGUGUUGGAGGACAGUGGAGGGGGAGGCGUCUCCCACAUUACACACAGGAUUUAGUUUAGCAGGAAUCUUGCGAUGACAGAGUUGGGAUCAGACCUCAGAGAAACGGACCUGUGGAAGCCCCUAUGGAGAUGGCAAUCUUCAACAGGACUCUUUAUGCCACCUGUGAAGUAGCUCCUGACCGUAGUCUACCCAUCGGUCAACCUGAAAUAUAUGGACAAGUUCUCUUCAAACAAAUCUUUCCAGCAGGCACUGUGCAAGUGAUGGUCAAUCUUCGUGGCUUGCCCAUUGAUGAUCAUCAGAAACGUGCCAUUCAUUUCCAUCAGUAUGGAGAUAUGAGCCAAGGGUGCAUUACUACUGGUCCACACUACAACCCCCUCAGUGUUGACCAUCCUGCUCACCCUGGAGACCUAGGCAACUUUGUCUCCAGCAAUGGAACCAUAAGGAGAUAUAUGAAAGUUGAUGGGGCUACACUUUUUGGAGGUCAGUCCAUUCUGGGACAUGCUGUGGUGGUCCAUGAGAAGGAGGACGAUCUAGGAUUAGGGCCGGAUGAGGAGAGCAAACGAAGUGGCAAUGCAGGAAGAAGGAUUGCUGGAUGUGUCAUUGGCAUCUGCUCUCCAAGCCUGUGGCAAAAGAACACGGAACUCACCAAGGAUGUGGAGGAGGAGAAACAGUGAUGGGCAGAACAAAGAAGUACGAAGAGAGAGAGUCAGUGAUGGAGAAAGAUGAGGGAGGAAAUGUAAGAUAAGAUAAGGCCACAAGAAGUUUAGAAGAUCAAGAACCAUGAUUUCAAUGUGAUUGCCAGGCUCUACUGUGGGCGUACACUCUUAAAAAGAUGGUGCUUCAAGGGUUCUUCAGUGAAGAAAAUGGUUCUAUGUAGAACCAUGAUCACUGAAAGAGCCUUUUUCAUUAUUAAAAGAUGCUUCGCAUCAUGAAAUCAUUCUUCAGAUUAAUGUAGGAUGUGCUGCAGGUGAUUCUAUACA